AUGAGUGAGUGAUUUCGGACACAGGGAGUGACUGGUGAGAUUUUUUUUGGCGACACUGGUUUCCGGUUUCCUGCUGUGGGUGGAUUAUUCUGCUGCGCGACAUUUACUCGGUUCAGUAAAAGGUGAAUGAUAGUCUGCAACUCGACCAGCAUCAGCACCUCUUCCUUGAAAACUGCUCUUGCUGAUCAUCUGCUUCCUGUCCUGUUUUGUCCUCUGGAAAUCUGCAACCCUGCAGCAUGUCUCAGAAAUACUCCUACACUAACACAGGGGAUGACCUUUCACGUCAAGACAUGUAUGCGGAUUCGUAUCAGAGACAGUCCAAUAUGUACCGGCCCAGCGUUAGAUCCUCGUCUCAGACUACAUCAUCUUCCAACAAAACGGUAGACUCUCCUGUCCACUUAACAGGGAUGGCUUUGUCAUUUCUUCACAGCUGUGGCCUGGAUUCGAGCGACCUUGCCCACCUUGCAGAACUUCCCGAGCAUCUCAUCACAGUCGAGACGCUUCCCAAACUGCUUUUACAGGUCAAAGAACGCAAACUGUCCAGCGCUUCAACAUCUAGGCCCAGCACAAGUCAGCCAUUGGACGAUACCUCAACUUGGGAGAGUAGCAGCCACACCAAACCGGUCAAGUAUCCGCUCGAUCGACCUACAUAUCCAGUGUACCCUCUUCCUCCAGAGCAAGUUCAAACCUGGCAAGACCGCUGGGGGAAUCCUCGACGAACAAGCACUUUACCCACUGGUACCAGCGGUUCCAACAGUCAAAGCAGCAGUGUUCCAGACUACAGUAUCUCCAAGGACACUGACCCAUAUUGUGGUACCACAAAAUCACCAGAGGCCUCGUCACGACCUUUGGUUGAUUUCGGACCAAGGCCUCUGCUUUCUCUGAGAUUAGAGCCACCUGUUACCGUGCCUAAUAGGAAGGAGGCUGCAGACUUCAACUGCAAAAUUCCCCCGGCUUUUCCUUAUAUGUGUGGUCUCUGUGGCAUUUCUGUCCAUUCUACAAAGGACUGGUUUUUUCAUGUUCGGAAUAGUGGGCAUGCUAAAGGUCAGCUUCAACUUGUACAAAAGUACCCAAAGUGGGAUCAAACUGUUGAAUCUGCGAGAAGGAAUGCAUGCCCUGAAGUUCACAAGGUGCCAACCAGGAAGGAGGCCUCAGACUUCAAUGGCACCGUUCCCCCAGUUUUUCCUUAUUUGUGUGUUCUCUGCAACUUCACUGUCUUUUCUGAAAAGGACUGGUCUGGACAUGUUGCUAGUGGCCUGCAUGCUAAGGGCCAGCUUGACCUUAUGGAAAAGUACCCAAAGUGGGAUGGGACUGUUCGAUCUUCUAGAAGAAAUGAUGGUCACCCCUCCACUGACAUAAGAGAUGGAACCUCGAGGGAAAAUACUUCAAACAAGAGAAUGCCACAAGCAAAAGAUGAACGGAGUUCUCGAGUUGUGAGCUUCACACCAUUACCUGCUGGAGAUGGCAUCACUUCAGAGUUGACUGCCAUUGCUAAACGUUUUGGAUCUGUCAAGAAAUCCUUGUUUCUGCCAAACUGGGGUUAUGUGGAAAUGGCUUCUUUAGCAGAAGCCAAGAAACUGGUUGAACACUACUCAGCCAGUCAGCUGAAAUUAAAAGGCAAAUUAAUUAAAGUCACCUUCUCUUCUGAAUAUAACACACUAAGAGAGGGCGAAGUUGAUGACAAAACACAAUCCCGGAGCUCUCACACAUACAGGAGAUCUAGCCCAGGCAUUCAGAGGGACUCCCCUAGCCCCAGGAGAAGACGCUCUUCAGAAAGGACCCGAUCUAGCCCCAAAAGAAAACACUCCUCAGAGAGGACUCAUUCUAGCCCCAAAAGAAGACGCUCGUCAGAGAGGACCCGUACUAGCCCUAAAGGAAGAUGUUCAUCAGAGAAGAACCAUUCUAGCACCAAAAGAGGACGUUCAUCAGAGAGGACGCACUCUUCUCGGAGUUGCCAUGUAAAAGAGCAUGAAGAGUCUCAAAAAUCCAAGGAGGGCUCUAGUACUUCCUCAAAAUCACACCACACCUCAAGCUCUGCUGCUAAAGAUGAAGCUACAAAAUCCAGUGCAGAUACAGAAGAAAAGGGAAGUGUGAGCAACAGCUACGUUGAAAGCAUGGAUUUAGGCAGUGACCUUGAAGGCCUAGAAGUGAUAGCAGAUGAUGGUGAAGAAUUGGUGCAUGACAUUUAUGAUUCGGAGCCCACAAGUGAUCAGGAGAAUUUAUCAUCCGAGCUAAUGGAUAUGACCGACGUUGACACAGAGGAACAAGAAAAGAUUGAAGAAGAUUCUCCAAAUGCUGAGGCAUCAGAAGCAUCAGACGGUUUGAAGGAGGGGCAAACGUUUGAAGAACAUGAUGACCAAGAAAUAAAGGAGGCAGACCAUGACUUCCCCAGGAUCCUUCAAAAUUGUGUGACUUUGGAUGAAUUCACAGAAGAUUUUUCAGAUUGUCAAGAAUCCGAUGAGCCAAAGGCCUCAAUCCCAAACACUGAGGAAUUAUCAGACGAAGUCUACAAAUCUACAAAUCCUGUCUCCUCUACGAAGCAAAGUGAAAAAUCUGAAUUGCCUAAAGAAGAAAGUACCAGCAUAACAACUGCAGAAUUUGAUGCCUCCGAGACCCUCGAAGAUGCUGUUGAACAGCCUAAAGAGGAACAGGUCACUGAGAGAAUGACUGACAAUAUCCAGGAAAUCUUCGGCAAAGUCCUUGAGGUCCGAAAUCUACCAAACACUGAAAAAUAUACAGACUUGGACUUUAUGAACAUCAUAAAGCGAUAUGGAGACAUAACGCAUCAUGUGUUAUUUCGCAGUUGCAAAAAGGGGUUUGUUGAGAUGCUGUUGGCAUCUGAUGCUGAGAGAGUUGCCUCUGAUUCUAAAAAUCAAGAUAUUGUACUCCGCGGUCACAUCUUGAAGAUUAAGGUGUCGGAGAAAUACUGCCAACUACCAGAAGAAGGGUUUAGUGUUGAUUCUGAUGAUGAGGAUGAUGAGAUCAGAGAAGGAGAAAUAUCGAAGGAGUCCAAUAAUGAGCAGCAGAGUGAUGCAGUAAAUGGUAACACAGUGUCUUCAAAUGAAUCUCUCAAAACAGAUGAGCAAGUAGGAACAGAGUUUGUCCGACCUGUAGUGGGCUACUUCUGUCACCUGUGCAAUGUCAUCUUUGCCACUGAAGAGGAAGCAAAAGAUGAACACUGCAAAAGUCCAUCACACCAUGAGAAAGUGAAGGAACACAAGGAAAGAAGUGGCUCUGUGGAAAAUAAAAAGUAAUGUGUACAUAACUGUAUGGCUGUAACAGAAAGGGGACAGUUUCAAGGGGUGCAGAGGGAUUCAGUCCCCCUCUGACCCUGAGCCAAAUGAUAAACACUCUGGGGCGGGGUACACAACCUGUCAGGGGGCCUGACUGGAAAGGCUUGUGGUUGUUCCAGUUGGUACAGAAAAUAUAAACAGAUGUCUCUUUUUGUCGUCAUAUGCUGUCCUGUUAGCAUAAUUGUUUGAUUUGUUUUAAUAAUAGAACAGUUUUUAUAGGUUCAUUUUAUUCAUUGUAUGCCAAGGAUGUAUCAAGGUCAGCUGAAUUUGUUGUUGAAAUGCUUUAACAGCAAUAUCCAACUGAAUAAAAUGGCAUAUUGAAAUUGAUAGACUUUUAAAUGUGUAUUAAACCAUGUUUGCCUGGUUUA